GCAAGCCAUUUGUCCACACUGUCUCUGCAGUGUGACAAGAGGAUGGACGAUGAAAUGCGGGGAGGAAAACGUAAAAUCAAACUGGUCCAGCAACAGAAGAAGUCGCAGGUGUCGGAGGCGGUCUCUGGGGAGGGGACCUCCAGCAGGGUGAAGGGUUUCCUGGCAGAGAUGAAGAAGUCUCUGAGCCAGUGCAACUUUGAGCAGAUCGUUCAGACUCUGCAGACCUACAAGAAGACUGACGACCUGGACGUGCUGCUGACGGACACGGUGGUGCUGACGGAGGACGCCAACACCUACAGCCUGCUCCGCGGCCUGUACCAGUUCAUCCGGCCCCAUCACAAGCAAAGGUUUGACGAGCGGUGCAGGGGCCUGACGGGGGGGGGCUGCGGCUACGAGCCCAGCCACUCUCUGUCUGUGGAGGAGAAGAAGGCCCUGCUGAACAGCGCUGCAGUCAGACGGCCUGCCGUGGGUGUGACCCCACCCCCCUCCACCUGCAGUCAGCUGAACACAGAGCAGCUCAACAAGGGAGGACUCCACCUGAGCCAGAGACCUCACACUGGUAUGACAUCACACCCUCUACCUGUAGAGUUCACUAG